GGUGUCAAGAGUGCUGAGCUGGCACCGUCGAAAUCCUGGGUGCAAAUCCAGGCAGCUUCAUGUGAUUUAGAGAAGCGUUUUCAGAUAGAGUUAAGUUGAUGGCAUCUGCCUGGUUCACCAAUGACUGCACACACACAAAAAAACCCUCACGCUAAAUUUGGCCAUGCAUUUCAUUUGGCUGAAUAUCUGACGCAGAGAAUUAAAAGUAUCUAUUUGACUGCCAUAUAGUGUCACUCUUCCUCUGUGUGGCAGGGUGUGGGGGUAAACUGCUGUCCCAACUGCGUUGAAGGGAUCUUAGAGGUGGUUCUGUGAUAUCUUCUUCAAUGGGCUGUUCUCUAACACGGGGUGAUGCACCUUCUCGGUGAGAGAUCUGAAUGGACACCGCCUCGUGACAUGACAUCAGCAGCACAGUCGGGAUAAAAUUCGGUUAGGCAAAAUACAUAUCGUUUGGACAUUCACCUUAUUGUGGGAGGUCGCUAGUACUGAUCCUAUAGAGAGACUGUUCCAGGCCAUGGGAAAUCGGAUUUGACGACACUAGUUCAGGUCCACCAAUGGGGAUGAGUGCUGCCCAUUGCCCAUUUGAGCAGGGAUAACCUUUGACUCAACAACCCCCCCAGCCGGCGUGGGUAUGAGCAGGUUCACGGAGAGGGGUUGUCCCUCUCCGACCGGCUGGUUUCGGAUCAAAUCUCACGGAGAGGGCCUUGCUCACUGUAAAUAUCCCAGUUGCAUACGCACGUGCCAUCAUCACGGGGCUCAAGAUCGGACGCCUGUCACUUGCUCGCUCGACAACUGACGCGCUUGGAGGGGAGGAGUGGACACGUGGGAGGGGCUGCCAGCUGUUCUGUCACUGGUCGCGUUCAGAAGAUCGAGGCUCGGAGCGGUCGGGGCCGAGGGAGCUCUUCAGGAUGGAGUUCUUAAAGUUCUCCGUCUUCUUCGCCGUGUGCUUCAGAGCGGCAGCGUCGUCCACGGUGCCCGUCGCGGAACUCGGUGAAGUCGCCAACUGGGUGAACGAGACGCGGCUGCUGCAGGAUCUCUUCCGUAACUACAACAAAGUCAUUCGCCCCGUCAAGAACUACAAGGACCAGGUGCACGUCGUGGUGGGCAUGCAGCUCAUCCAGCUCAUCAACGUGGAUGAGGUGAACCAGAUUGUGGAGACCAACCUCAGGCUCAAGCAGCAAUGGACGGAUUACAACCUGCAGUGGAAACCGGAGGACUACGGCGGCAUCAAGCAGGUCCGCGUGCCUUCGCUGGACAUCUGGCUCCCAGACCUGGUGCUGUACAAUAAUGCGGAUGGCGACUUUGCCGUUGUGCACAUGACCAAGUUGCUCGUGCAGCACACGGGCAAGGUCGUUUGGAUGCCGCCGGUCAUCUUCAAGAGCUACUGCGAGAUCAUCGUCUCCCACUUCCCGUUCGACGAGCAGAACUGCAGCAUGAAGCUCGGCACCUGGACUUACGACGGCAGCAAGGUCACCAUCAAGCAGGAGAGCGUCCACCAGGACAUGAGCAACUUCAUGGAGAACGGAGAGUGGGUGAUGAAGGAAUACCGCGGCUGGACCCACUGGGUGAACUACACCUGCUGCCCGGGGAAGCCCUACCUCGAUAUCACGUACCACUUUGUGAUGCAGCGGCUGCCCCUUUACUUCAUUGUCAACGUCAUCAUCCCCUGCCUGCUCUUCUCCUUCCUCACCGGACUCGUGUUCUACCUGCCCACGGACUCAGGUGAAAAGAUGACGCUGAGCAUCUCGGUGUUGCUGUCCCUCACCGUGUUCCUGCUCGUCAUUGUGGAGCUCAUCCCGUCCACGUCCACGGACGUGCCCCUCAUCGGGAAGUACAUGCUCUUCACCAUGAUCUUCGUCAUCAUGGCCAUCAUCAUCACCGUCGCGGUCAUCAACAUCCACCACCGCUCGCCGAGCACCCACACCAUGCAGCCCUGGGUCCGCAAGCUCUUCAUCGAGACCAUCCCCGGCAUGAUGUUCUUCUCCACCAUGAAGCGUCCCUCCAAGGAGCGCCAGGACAAGCGCAUCAUGGGCGAGGGGCUGGACAUCUCUGAGAUCUCGGGGAACCAGGAGCCGCCGGGCCAGGUUUACCACUCCGCGAUCACGCGCAAUGCCGACGUGCGGGCCGCCAUCGAGGGCAUCAAGUACAUUGCGGAGCACAUGAAGGGCGACCAGGAGUCGAGCAACGCAGCGGAGGAGUGGAAGUUCGUGGCUAUGGUCCUGGACCACAUCCUGCUGGGCUUCUUCAGCCUGGUGUGCGUCAUCGGCACCAUCGCCGUGUUUGCGGGACGCCUCAUCGAGCUCAACAUGAAUAAAUAGAGCCCCGGCCCUGCAGGGCGCCAGCAGCAGCAGCGGCAGGGGCGGUGGUGGCAGCCAAAAAAAUCCGUGUACGCCCCAUGCGGCGACGAGUCGGAUUGGUUCCGACCGCAGCCGUGGCCAAUGUGGACUGUUGACCUGAUUUCGAAACAAGAGUCUUGAUCUAAAUGCACUGGUGUGGUGUGUGUGUGUCGUGGUUGUCGCGCGUCCUCUGGUGAAACACGUGGAUUUCCACGGUGUUGGGUGGUUUACUGACCCGUGGCUUGUCGAUGUAGAUUAUUACCCGGGUUGAUGCACGAUCAGCGUGAAGACCUUCCGAGCGAUGAGCUGCUCACUGGGGUCAUGUCCUGUAACUGUGCAGGAGACCUCACAGAUGUGUAGAAAUAGCCCGUGGCUCCUGUACGCUCAGCUGUGCUGUGUGAAUGGUGCGUCCGGGCGUUUGGCCAUUGUCUCAGGGUCCCACAGUUGUCGUUGAGGAUUCACAUUAUGACCCUAGCAUUACCCUGUAAUUCACCUCUUUAUCACAUGGUUAAUUUCAAAACCAAAAAAAAUGUGUUAAUGUGUUUUACCAAAAAAAUAAACUGAUACUGUAAAUGUGCUUA